AUGGAAUUAGAGUUUCAUAGAGUUUAAUAAUAAUCAUCUAUUGAAUGUUCUAAAGAAAAAUAAAAAUAAAUUAAUCAUGUUUAAAAGUAUGGAUACAAGAACACACCUUAUAAUAAAAGUGCAAUAUUUGCUUUUAAAGAUUAAAAAAUAAAAUUUAGAUUUCCUCUAAUUGAUGAAAAGAGUUUUGAUUUUAAACAAUAAGACACAGUAGAAGCUCAUUCAUAAAUUAAUCUUGCUUAAAAACACAAUUUAUAAAUAAGUAAAUCGAUAAAAAUGGAAGAAGAAAAUAAAGAGAAUAUAAAUGAAAUCCUUUUAGAGUCACCUUUUUAUGAUGUAAACAAAAUCGAUACAUUCAAGUAAUUUAAUCAAAAAUGCUAAGAUUAAUUGCAUGAACAAUGA